AUGGGGAAGAGCAGACGGGAGGGCAAAGUGCAUUCAGCCAGCUUCGUAUCACCGAGGACCGGCAACCUGUUCCAGGUCGCGCAAAACCUGGAAGCAGCCGUCAAUUCUCAGGUGCCCAUCCCCCAGGAAUUCCUGGCCACAGUGCACCUCUGGAUGAAAUCAAGAGCGCAGACUGAAAGCGGCCUGUCGCAGAUGCAGCUCGCGCAAUUCAUUGGUGCUUCAUCCUUCAACAGUCAGGUGCAGGCCAAUGUGCAGAUGCUUGCGCAGCGGGGGAAUCUGCUGCUAUACUCACCUCACGCUCUGGACCGCUGGAUAGGUUGUGGGAGAAGGGAGCCACUCGACACCGACACACCGCCCGACUGGUCCGACGACGAAGCUGUGCCGUUGCGCAGUUGGCCUUGGGGGGAGACUCUGGUCGCCCCUCCGACCGAGGAGACAGCCCAGGGGGGCGUGUCCACUUGGUUCCCAACCUGCACUGGCGGGGAGUACAACAAGUACAAGAGCAUAUGGCAAGAAGCCGUGCAGAGCGAGAAGCCUCGA